CCUGUUCCGCCUCCAUCGAUAGUAGUCGAACAAGCGAAUUUAUAAAUAGUUAAUUUUACGAGUUACAGGCCUGAAGUAAGCUGUUAAAACAACGAUAAUACUAGAUAUGUGAAUCGUGCAUUGUGUAAUAUUAUUCAUGGAAAAUACAGUAUUUGCGAAAAAGCAUUACUUUGACAUAUGUAUUUAGUCUAAAGUACCACAGAGACUAACAAUGGUGUGAUUAGUAACAUGAAAGUUUCGAACUGUUGUUUGUCGAAAUACGUUGCGACUGACAGAAGAUGACCGGUGCAUUUUCCCAUUUACACAGAUAUGAAAUGCAGAAAAUCACUGGUAAAUUUCUGAAAAAAAACAUAAAAGGCCGGGAUUUAUCUAUCUUGUUGACGGUAUAAUACAGGAGUAAGCCGAGGCGGCUCCGUUAAGCCUGGCUCUUGAUCUCUAAUUAAGGAAUCAAAAUUAAUUGAGCGGCCUUGUUUUUAAAUUUGUAUGAAGUGCGUAGUUCAAGCAGUAUGUGGGAAAUAUAGUUGAAAUGGUCUUUUAAUGUUAAAAUAAUACUUUUUCGCUUAUCAAAUGGGAUAUUUAGCUUUCAUUUUUUUCUUUUUUUUUUCAGUCAAAUCUUAGAUUAUAAACAACAAUUUUAAUGUCGACAAGUGUGUUACAUGAUUGUCUGUGUAGCAGGCUUCAUUCAUAACACGUGCGAUUAAAGUCACAUAUUCCUACGACAAAAUAUAUCAUGACGAUAGAACUUGAAAAUUUAAAUAUCGUGGAAACCUCACGACUUGCCAACAUUCUUCAUCAAUUGCACAAAAUCCUACAACACGUUACUAAUCCAAUGGAGAUUAUUUGCUCGCGACCAGUUCCAUUCAUUAAUUAUAGCAACGAAUCCAGAGCAGGUGUUGCAUGUUCAUCUACGUAUGCAAGACAGAGGUUGGAACGCGACCGCACACCGGGAAAUAACAGAAGAAAUUUAACCGCAAAUACCGGUGUCAGAGAUUGCUGCCACUUUACCGCCAGCGACCGAACGAUGAUUCCUGCCGAACUUUCAAUUACAGACUCUGAUGUUAUGGACACUGUUAACUCGCACAAUACACACUCCGUGAAAAGUUCAGCCUAUAAUUGCGAAAACCCGCAUCGGAAAGUGGUUGCAACGUUUGAUGAAACUAACACAAAACGUACCGCAUAUUCUUCAAUAUAUAUAAAAACGAGAAAUUUUUCAGCAAAGAGCGAAGGGAGUUCAAAAAGAAGAUUUGGAACAACAAAAGAUCUUUCUGCAAACUCGUCCAUUUUCCGAAAGUUAUUAUUACUAACAAUCUUGACAAUCUUGCACAGUUCUUUGACUUUCGCAGUUUCAUUAAGUCGCGACACUGACAUCGAGUGGGCAACUUCGGAUGUAAAAGAUAGCACCGAAUCAACGGUUAUGGAUGAGCUUAUUUGGCCACUAGCCGAUGUCGCGCCGACUUCUAUAACCAUGUCUUCAAGGAAAAGAACAGAACGGGCAGCGAAACGAGGAGUUCCGCCAAAAUUUUUAAUAAGACACACCCUUCUUCAACGAUUAUACGCACGCAAUUCAUAUUUUCUCGAAAUUCUAAAGAAUGGAAAAGUUCGCGGAACGCUCAACCAGAACAGCUCUUACAAUGUCGUAAGGCUUGAAUCUAUAGCGGCAGGUGUUCUUGCAAUAUACGGCACUAAAAGUCAAAGAUAUCUUGCAAUGAAUCGCAAAGGAAACUUAUACGGUUCGAAAACAUUCACGGACGAGUGCAAAUUUUAUGAAAAAAUGGAGAGCGGUCUUUACUUCACAUACGAAGCAGUGCCGACAUCGGCAAAAAGGCGUAAAAGGAAAAGAUCACGUGUUGUUGGGUUCGAUAAGAAUGGAAAAGCUAAGAAAGGUCACAGAAUGAAAGCCAGCAACAAAGGAGCCCUUUUUACGAAACUUGUGGUGCCAACAAAAAGAAAGAACAGAAGACGAGGAUAAUUCUAAUAAAGAAUCAAGCACCCCGCCAUCCCGUCAACUUAACUUUCCCAGUCCAUUGCGAAAAUAUACAUUUUUAUAGAAUAUGAAGAAACGAUUUUGCGGUACUUUUGCGAGUAUGAAACAAGGAUUUCGGUAUUGCAGCUUGGUGCAUCGGAAGUUACAUUUAUCCGCACACAUAUGGCAUUCAACUGACUAAGAUGUCAUUUUCAAGACUCAACAAACGACCAAAUUGUCGAAUUUGAUACAUAACGUUGGGACGACCACUACAGCACAUAAUGAAACGCUCACAUAAUAUUAUGCUAAAUGUUUUCAAUCAUCGUACACUAUUCACAGUAAGCUGAAGUAAGCAUACUAUAGUAAGCGUUUGCUCACUACAAUGUAAUAUUAAAACUUAAAUUCGCACAACUAAUAAAUGACCAUACAACGAGUCUAUUACGACUCAGCGAAUGCAACGCUGCCUAGCAUUAUAAUAUCAUAAACGACGACGUAUAUGGUCGUAAAUUCGUUUAAUUUUUCGUCACAUUUGUGGAAUUUUUUAUGUGUCUGGUUUAGUUUAUGAAUUGCUCUGAUUUAGAUAAACGAAUUACGCGCGAGGUGGCUCCAUAAGUAAUUUAAAUUGAAGUAUUUUAAUAAUUAUUACGCCAUCAUUAUAUUAUAAAUAAAUUUCUUUAUGAUCCUGAAUAAUAACUAGUAAGCGGGUUAACGUCACUCGCCAACCGCUUUUCGUACAAGCUACCAACGAAUUACGCUCGUUAUAAUUAGUAAAUUGUUCAAUAAUUAGUAAAGUACAAAAAUACCCCGUUUAAUUAAUUCGAUAAAGCGAAAACAAUGAAAAAGAUUUUAAUUUCUCUUGCGCAAAAUAAACGACCACAACGUUCACCAUUUUCAACUUCGUCACUAUUCACUGUAAAUGUGACGCAUCGUAGUGCUCGUAGAAACUAAUCCUGCUUAGCAAUAACAUUAGCAUUGCUUUAUUUAUGUAGAUUAGUGCCAUAACAACGCCUGGAGUUUCACUUACGUGGUAACAUGUCUGAAGUUUUACGUUACAGUUAUGACAAAUCGAAAAUUUAAAUAGAAGCCCGCUAAAAAUUGCAUUAUGGGAACAUAAGUGCUAAAUUGCAUUAUGGGAACAUAGUGCUAAAUUGCAUUGUGGGAACUUAGUGCUAAGUUGCAUUAUGGGAACAUUGCGAUAUCUCUUGUUUGAGUAUACCACAGCACAACCAAAGUUAUUAAUUCAUUAACAUCGUAUGAUAAUUUUUUUUAGCCACUGGUGAAUAACUCUGAAUAUAUCUUUCUUUUGCUUUUUCAUAUUUAUCUGUCACAACUUCGGUAGAACAUUAUUUAUACUAUUUGCACUACAUUCUUCAAUUUUUUGUUUGUUUUUUAUUUGUUUCAUUUAUUAUAAAUUAUUUUAAAUAAAUCUCAUUU